CCUUGUAAGGAAAACGAAUUAUUUAGAUUUUAAUAGACUUAUCGUAUACCUAUCAAAUGUGUUGUUGAGAACUUAAUCUAAAAUAAAUUCAACUAUCCUUUUACUCGCUCAAGUCAAUGAAAUUCAGUCAAUGUAAUUAUUGUACAUCAUGGUACAGUUGAAGAUAAGCGUCCUCUGGAAAUUUUAUAAAAAAAAAAUCUGUGUAAACGCUUCCAUAAUAAUAAAUAAUGAUUAAAAAAGUUCGUUUAAAUUAAUAAACAAGUUGUGGCACAAUGCAACGGAUUGUUAUUCCUAAAUAAUGAAUUUUUAAUAUACAUUAAAAUCGUGUCACCGUAUUUUAUUGUGAGUUGGCGGGAAGACGCCGGGCCAAUUUAAGGAUUUUCAAAAGUAAACAUGGCUUCUGUAGACGAAGAAGGUUCGCAAUCUACUGAAGAAGUACCUGCAGGGAACCCCGAAGAGCUAACUAAAAAUCCAACGGCCUUAAAAGAGGCUCAUGAACAGAUGGCAGCUCUUGAUGUACUGGUCUGUGGUCAGUGCCAUUCUGCAUUUCAUUUUGUUGAAGAAUUCAAAGAACACAAAAGUGGUAAUAACUGUACAGGAAAAUCUCCAGUCAGAGACAGUAAUGAAAAUAAAGCUCAAGUAUGGGCAUUCCUGCUGUGGAAAUGUUCAUCGGCUCGAGACAGCUCUGUUAUAAACACGGACAACAGUUGGAAACUGUACCAGCAGUGGUGUCGUAUGGCAGAGGCACAACGAAAUGCUUGGAUUACAGCUGGUACCAAUGUGCAGUCCCUCUCUAAGUUUGCACAUGCUAAAGUUAUGGAACUUAAGACUGAUGAUCAAUUAGUACCAGUACAAGCACCAGUAUCAGAAUCGAAAAAACGCGGUAGACCCAGAAAGAUACCCAAAGUUGAGGAUUCUGAAGCGGGUGAAGAAAGCGAUGAUGUGGUUAAAACACAAAAAGUUAUUGUAAACAAAAACCCUGUCAGUCAAAAUAUAUCUAAGUCUAAGGAAAUAAUGGACAAGGAGUCAGUCCGAAAUGCACAAGAGCGUGUUCCUCCCGAAGAGCGCAUCGCUCGUCGCACAGAGCGCGAGGGCGCUGACCCCUCGGAGGCAGGCGAGUUUGUGGUGGAAAAAAUACUCGCCAAGAGGUUCAACCCGCGUCGCAAACAGUAUGAGUACCUGCUGAAAUGGGAAGGAUAUCCACAUGAACAGAAUACAUGGGAGCCAGUAGAAAAUAUGGAAACAUGUAAACAUCUUCUGGAAGCCUUUGAGAAGCAACUGGCGCGUCAGAAGGAGCUCAAGGCACUGAGAGCACAGCAACAGCAACAACAACAGCAUCCAGUGCAGGUGAAACAAAUCAACGCACCUAUACCACAGAUUGUCAAACAGGUUGUAAAGAAGACUGAAAGCCCAGCUUUAACCCCCACGGGUCGCCUUCAACGCACAAGUAAAGCACGAGCUCUAGAUCAAGUGAAAGCAUGGUGCGGCGCUGAAGAUGAGCCGGUACUCAAGAAAGUCAAAAGAGAAAUAUCCAGCGAAGAUGAGGAUUACUCUGAUGCGGAUAUUGUCAAAACUGAGAAGAAAGUACUUAAUGGACAGUCAUCGCCAAAAGCUGCACUGGACCCUGAGUUAGUGAAGUCUCUCGGUCUCAGUGGCAAGGGAAUGCCAAACAUUAAAGGUGUAAUCAAAGUUGAUCCUAAACAUAUGCCGAAUCUCACUACAGGUGUAUACAUAAUGUCAAAGAGCUCAGGUAUAAUGAAAAUUGAUUCCCCUGGAAAGUUGGGACCUGGUCUUAACAUAGACCAAGAUGUGAUCAGAAAACAAAUAUUAGCUGCAAAACAGAAAAAGACUGAAGAUAUAAAGAAAUCAUCCCCUAUACGCACGCCCGUUCCUACUCAGAUUAAGAAGACAUUUGCAUCUGGUGGUCAGCAAGUGACUGAAAGGACAAUAACUACACCCUCUGGACAGAAGAUCAUACAACGAACUAUACAACGACCUUCUGGUCAUAGCGAAGGAAAAACGCCAGUCACUAUACUCAAUAAAAAACUGGCACAGGGUGACAGUCUACUGCGGCGGGGUGGCUCAGGCCGCGGCCGUGGUCGCGGUUCUUACUCCGCCAUCUCCACGGCCGCCGGGAAUGUCGUACGCAUUCGCGAGAAAGCACCCAUCCCCAUCACUUUCGACUUCGAUCAGUCGGAAGCAUCGUCAGACACGUCAGACGGCAUCGAAGACCCGUUCCCACGCGACUUGGGCCCGCUGCCGCCACCGAGCCCCGAGCGGCCGUUGUCACUGUGCCCGCUAACCGGCCGCCGCUUGGCGCGCGCCGAGGGCGAGCCCACGCCGCCGCCCACGCCGUCCCCGCCACCCACGCCACCGCCGCCCACGCCACCGCCAGAACAGCCUGCUACUAUGCUCAUGAAGGUGGAAAUGUCUCCUGGUGGAACGACAGGAAUGCUUGUACAGGGUGAUGGAGCGCAGCCAUCAUUACCUGUAUUAACAGACGAAGAUGGCACGGAAGUUAAAGUAGAAGCUAGUACAGUGAAACAACUUCUAGAAGGUACAGAUGAAGGUGAAGAAGUAAGUCUACUACACACUGGCCAUGCGCCCAUUAUGAUCCGUGGAGAAGAUGGAGUUCUAUAUCAAGUUGCUGGUGAAAAUGAAGCAGGCCAGACGCUGCUAGUUGCAGCAGAGGGCGUCGAAGGGGCGGUAGAAGGUGUCGAAGGCGCUGUAGAAGCAGACGGCGAUGGUGUUAUGUAUGUUACAAGAGAUGACGGACAGGAUGUGCUGGCGAUUGACCCGUCGCAGCUAGCGCAGUUGAUGCCGGGCGAGGCGGCGCCGGCACUGCAGCAGGUUGCCGUUCAGGUGGAGGGCGAGCCCGGCGAGGACGCCACGCAGGUCAUCGCACAGCUGCUGCAGGCAGACCUGCCUUCGCCAGGCGGCACGCGACGAGUAGUACUCAUGUUGCCUGAUGGGACAUUAACAAUGACUGAAUUGGACAAAGAACAGUAUGAGUCUAUAACGGAAGCCAGCAAGGCUCAGGAGUGAAAACAAUUAUAACGCCUGAACUGAACAUAACAUGGAAAAAUAAUUAUUGAUUUUGCUUUUCCAAUGCUUGUUUAGCAUUAUGAAUAAAUUAAUGCUGGACAUAAUGAUGGACUGUAAAUAUCAAAUGAAUAUGAAAUUAUGUAAUAUUCAGAUUUCAAUGUAAAAAGGAAAUGAAAAGAUAAAUUUCACUAUAUUGCUAUAUCAUAAUAAGUCCUUUAAAUAUAAAAAUGCCUUUAAUUGAUCGUACAGUUAUUUCUAUACAUGUCAUUUUAGUAAUUAAUAUUGAUCUUCAUUAAACACGUUUAAAUUGGGUAUGGCAUAUUAAAAUUAGCAGUAUUGCAAGAAAAUUCAUUUUCCUGAAACAAAGUUUUGGUAAUCUUUUGAACUUAGUAGUUCUUCGUUUACAAACAAGAGUCAAGAUUGUUAAUUGUGAUUAAAAAACAUAGAUAUAAAAAAUCUUUAGGUUCAUAUUUCUAUCUGUACAAAAUUUAUAUCUAUGGUAAAUACUUACCUGAAUUAAAAAUAAUCUACCUAGUAUUUUUUUUUAUACCACUGAGGUGGCAAACAAGCAUACGGCUCACCUGAUGGUAAGUGGUUACCAUAGCCUAUGAACACCUGCAAUACCAGAUUUACCGCAAAUAUGAUACUCCUUGUACACAUUAUAAUUUCUGCACAUAGAUCACUGGAUGAAUGGAAAUGAGUACAUAAUUUGCAUUGAAUAAUUCUAAUUUCUCUCCUUAAUUGUACAUCUUAAAUUUUUUUUUAUAUCGAUGGUAAGAACCAAUAGUGUGAUUUUAUUUUAAGAGUCAUACUUCAUCGAAGUGUAUUUAAUGAUAGAAUGUUCAUGUGUCGUAAAUGUGUAUAUACAGUAUGUUCGGUCGUAAAUUUCGUUUUCUCAUGUAAGGUAUACAUGUUUGAAGAAAUGUUAUCAAUAUUCUGAAAGGCUGACCACAUCAUUUGGUCUGCCUUUGAGAAAUGUGUUUGUUUACCUGUAUUUGUAAGCUAUUGGAGAAUGUUUAUUAAUAAUUAAAUCAUUAGUUUUAAGUAUGUACAGUAUAAGUAUUUUUAACGACAACUAACUUGCAACGAACUAUGAUGUGGUGCUAACAUAUGAUAAUUUUACACAAAUACCAUUCAAGUGAACAGUGGUCAAAAAUUAUAAUCAAUUCACUUGUAGUAGUAGUGCUGCACUUUUAAUGUUUCGUCUUUGAUAUAAAUUUAAAAAAUUCUUCGAAAUAUAAUAAAAACUGCAUGGUUAAACUAUGUAAAAGACAACAAUAAGUUUCGUUGCUAAAAUGUUUUAUAAAAAAUAAAUCAAAAAAUAAAUUAUUUCUUCCAAAAUCAUUUAUUAUUAUGCGACUAACAUGGAAGUAAACCAUUUCGGCAGCUAAAAUAAAAUCAUAAUUUCAUAAUGUAAACAUUGCACGCUGCUAACAUCAUGAUGCGGUUAGGCCAGAUAAAUGAAUAAUCAGCACUUAAUGAUAUGAAAAACUAAAUUCAUGACUAGUUUCUCGUGUCGUCAAACAUUACUGAAUCAUAUCGUAAAAUAGUUAAUAUUGUUGACAUUAUGGCGGCGGACAAUUAUUCUUAUAAAAGUGAAGGGAAAGGACGUAAAAAUUAUAUAUUUACUGUAAAAGCCGGUAUAUUGGUAAAUCUUAGGUUUUACCAUGGUAAUAUUUUUAUAAAAUAAUAUGUAAAUGUAAUGAUUUUAUAUAAAAAAAAAAGAUAAUUUUUGGAGCUUACCACCAAACCUAACCAUAUAGAUAAGUUAGGACUCCGACUAUCAGCACAAACACCACUACGCUCUAAACAUGUCUUAAUUAUGUCUAUUUUGUCUAAUGUUACAGAAUCAGUCGAACAUCGUUGAAACCCUGCUUUAAUGAUAUAGCCAAACGUAAUGAUUAGACAUAUCGAACAUUUACGUUUAAAGAAUAUAGUCAUAUUUAUCUGGUCAUAUCAUAAAAAGGUCAGUCACAUUAUGAAGUUAUCAGUUUUACGCUCUGGACAUGACAUAUAUAUAUAUAUUACGCAGCAUAAAAAAAAAGAAAGUAAAUUAAGAAUGUCCUUUGUAGUCACCUAAAUAAAUAUCUACAUAUAGUUUACUGUUCGCGUCCAUAGCUGUUAUACACGCUAAUGGCAUAUUUGGUUUUCAAGUAUUUGACUUUUUCAGGUAAUGUGCUAUUAAAGCCCAUUUACAGCCCACCUAAACAUGUAGCAAACGAAUGUAUUGAAAUUAUGUUGACAUUGUAUAAAACUAAAUGGCAAGGUCUAUAAGAGAUAUAACAAUUAUUUUUUUGUGCAGUCUUACUAUUUUAAAAAUAAAUUUUGUAAUUUACGCGGCCUAUUAUGUUACAAACCGUUACAAAAAUAUAUGAGAUUAGUCUGUUCUUAAUUGUUUUCGAUUAUUUUUUCAUCACAUAGUUCGUUGCUAGUUAUUAAUUUUAUUAUGAACAUAUUAUUGCUUUUUUGGCAUUAAUUUUUCAUAUUAUUUUUUGGGCAACAAUAAACUUCUUUGGUCAAUAAAUCUUGGUUAUUUUGUACAAUUCUACCAUAACAUUAAUAUCAUUUAUCAAUAAUUAAAGACAAAUUGUUAUUAUAAAUUGCAAAAUCAUUGUAAAUAGCACAUUUCAAUGCCAAUGUAUUUGAUUCCAUAGUUUCAUAUACUUAACGUAAUAGAGACUCAGACAAUAUAGUUUUGAUUUUUAUCUAUA